AUGGAUGGGAAAGGUCCCAGGACCUUUAAGUUUAAGAAGACACUUAGCUUGAACAAACCAAGUAAAGCCCUCGGCGAGGUAAAGCUUCCUCCUCCAAUCGACAACGAUGUAAACAACAAAGUAAACAACGAGACUGAAGAAGAUGGUUGGUUGACGACACGUCCCUAUUCCUUCAAAGAUGACAGUCGGGAAACAGUUAAUCAAGGACCCACUACAUCAUCAAAGGCACAGCUACAAGAUGAUUUUGCUAAGAAGCCCACAACUGAAAGUAAAACAGUUCCAUUUAGUGGGAGGAAUAAAAAGCCUCAUCAAACCUCCAUCAUGGCAUUUGCUCAGAAGAAGAAACCAGUGGCUGCAGUCGCUCCACAUAGGUCCCCUGUGAAGACUGAGGAGGGCGGGGCUAAGAGAAAGCGAUCCCCCGGGAAAGCUGUCAUCAGCAUUCUAGAUGAUGAUGACGAUGACUUCCUUGAUGAUUUCGACAUACCAACAACUCCAGUAGCAAGUAGAAGAAAUGCUAAUUUUUCUACUAGCAGAGAGGAAUCGCCAAGAAAGAUGGUAAACUUUAACAAGACCACUGACUCAGAAAGACAGAUUAUGGAUGCCUCUGGGAUGACAGAUCUGUUUGGAAACAGCGAUUCAGAUGAAGAAAGUCGUGUAGUAGCUAAGCGACGUCGGACUCUAGAAGAUGUAUCUCCCAAUCAAAGUUCUUCCUCUGUAAUGGGAAAGUGCUUGCCAUUAAGAAAAGAUAAUUCCUUGGAUCGACUUGAGCCUCAGGUGAACAUCAUACCUACACGGCAGGCAGAAUCAAUGUCAACACCAGAGGAAAACAUCUCUGUUAGAACAGAAUUACAGACAGGCUCUAAACCAAAGUCUCGGGAAAAUAGGGGUGUUAGACUCAGAAGUCUUCAAACAGACCAAAAAGAACAAAAGUACAGAAACCAACAGAACAUGGGAAUUCCAAAUGCAGCUACAGAGGUACACGAUGACAACAUCCAAACAGAACUGUUUAGGACAAUGGAGGAGAUCUGUGAUAUUGUGUGUAAGGCCAGCACAGCUGAUCUCAUGUCCAUGCUUCCUCAGAACUAUCAACGACUUCAGCAUUUACUUGCUCUAAGGAAGCAGCUGAAGGAUUCUUAUGCUGCAAAAGAGCAGAAUAGAAGCAUAAAGAGACUGUCAGCACCAGCAGCAACAUUGACAAGCAAUGCAGCAGGCAGUAAGCUCCCCUUGUCAGAUAAUUAUCAGACAUUUGACAAUAUGGAUUCAGCUUCACAUCAGAACAGUGUGAAAUCCGGUGAUAUUUCUAGUCCCAUAGUGCCACCCAGGUCAGCACUGUUGUCCAAUACCUCAACCCCUGCCACAGAAAGGACAUUUAAUUCUCCAAGUUCUGGACCUAGCAGGUCUUUCUCUUUCAAGAAGACCACUCCCACUGGUUUUAAUUCUCCAAUACCUUGUGGAGACAGCUUCUUUGAGGAGGAUGCUAAAUUGACUCAAACGCAUCACAGUUUCAUCAGCUCUUUCAACAGGAAAUCUCCCAGUUCUUCUUUCAAAGAACCACCUGUGAUGAGUUUCAACCAAUCAUCCGGUACCUCAUUUAUGAACCAAUCAGAUACAUCAUAUUUGAACCAAUCAGCAUCUAACUCACAUUUCAACCAAUCAAAUGAUAGAGGUUACUCAUUUGGUACUUCACACAACCAGUCAUCAGUAACAGGCAACUCCAUAAGUACUAUUGAAGCACCUUCUACCACAGACUUCAGUUUCGACUAUAAACUAAAUAACGACAGUGGUGUGAUACAGACCCAGUCAGCUAAGCAGGACAAACCGUCCACUAGUGUUCCAGAUUCUGAAGACGAGGCUGAUUUGAUUGAUCAGUUUCCAGAGGAACUGUUUGCCCCUGAUGACUUUGACUCGGAGUUUACAGAGGAAGUGCAGUCAGACUCUUUACCACAGAUUUCUGUGACGCCUAGACGACAGAGCACCAAUCAGAGCUUUGUCUCCCCACCAAGUACCAAGAGGAGAGAAAAGGAGGAGAACAAGGAAUUUGAUGGUUAUAACUUCCCACACAGUGUGAUCAUGAGGGAGACGUUUAACCAGGUGUUUGGUUUACGUGAAUUCCGUACUAACCAACUCAAGGCUAUCAAUGCUGCACUGUUAGGAAAUGACUGUUUUAUCCUUAUGCCUACAGGGGGUGGUAAGAGUCUGUGUUACCAGCUGCCUGCCCUGGUGACGGGGGGCGUGUCUAUCAUUAUAUCCCCCCUCAAGGCUCUCAUACAGGACCAGGUCACCAGACUCUGCUCCAUGGAUAUACAGGCAGGCCAGCUUUCAUCAGACAUGGACCAGAGUCAAUCUGAUCAGAUCUACAGAAAACUGUACUACAAAACGCCGGAGAUCACAUUACUCUAUGUCACUCCAGAAAAGAUUUCCGCUAGUGGUAAACUGUUGAGUAGUUUGGACAAUUUACACAGAAGAGGGAAGUUGACUAGAUUUGUUAUUGAUGAAGCACACUGUGUCAGCCAGUGGGGCCAUGACUUCCGGCCGGACUAUAAGAAGCUUGGGGUCCUGAAACAGAAGUACCCAGGAGUUCCUAUGAUGGCACUCACCGCCACGGCCAACAUGAGAGUCCGCAAGGAUGUCAUCUAUCAGCUGGGAAUGAAGAAUCCAAAAUGUUUUGUUCAAAGCUUCAAUCGCCCAAAUUUGAAGUUCCGAGUUGAACCUAAGAAACCGUCAACACUAACAGCAGAUGUGACAAAACUGAUAAAGGAGCAGUUCCCAGGAAAAUGUGGCAUUGUUUACUGUCUUUCCAGAAAGGAGUGUGACACAGUCGCUACAGAGCUGAGUAAAUCUGGUAUCCAGGCUGUAUCCUACCAUGCAGGUCUCGGUGACAACGACAGAAUCUCUAUCCAGGAAAAGUGGCUCAAUGGACAGCGAUGUAAGGUUAUAUGUGCCACCAUUGCUUUUGGAAUGGGGAUUGACAAACCCGAUGUCAGAUUCGUCAUCCAUUACUCCUUGCCGAAGUCUGUGGAAGGAUUUUAUCAGGAGGCGGGUCGAGCCGGGCGGGACGGACUGCUGGCCCACUGUAUAAUGUACUACACGUACCAGGACGUCAAAAGACUGAGGAGAAUUAUAGAGAUGGAUCAGGCAGCCACAUUUGAUUCCAAGAGAGUUCACAUAGACAACCUCUUCAGAAUGGUACAGUACUGUGAGAAUGUGGCUGACUGUCGACGAUCACAGCUGCUUAAUUACUUCGGAGAGCGAGACUUUAAUCGAGAGGAGUGUGGGAAUUUCCGUGGAGCUAUUUGUGACAACUGUGUGUCCAAGGAAUCCUUCCAACUCCGUGAUGUCACAGAUGAUGUCAAGGAGAUUGUGAAAUGUGUGAAGGAUCUGACAGUCAAUGGAAGACGGGGAAACGACUACACCCUUAUCUACUUUGUGGAUAUAUUUAGAGGAGCUAAAACUGGUAAAAUUUCUGAUGCUGGACAUGACAGGAUACCCCUUCAUGGUCGUGGUAAAAAUUACAGCAGGGCUGAUGCUGAAAGACUGCUGAGAAAAUUGGUUAUCGACGCCAUUUUACACGAGGAUCUAAAAAUUACUGCGGCAGAUACCACGGCUUGUUAUAUCAGACUCGGACCUAAAGCCAAUGAUGUGAUGAUGGGAAAACGCAAGGUAGAGUUACAGGUACAGGGCAGUAGGAAGAAAACUGAAGUGGCUAAGAUUGGUAAAGAACCCGUCAGUAAACAUGAGAACGUGAUCGAAGAAUGUCUCAACGAACUGCUAGAAAUGGCAAAGACAAUCGCUGCUGAGCAUGGUCUACGUAACUAUGCAACUGUUUUCCCGAUUUUAACACUGCGGCAGUUGGCAGAAAAGACUCCACUAACUGUAGACGAGAUGACGGCAAGUAUCGAUGGUUUGCCGAAAGCCAAAGUCAACAAAUAUGGAGCUGAGAGAUUCCUUGAAAUCACCAAGAAUUAUAAUCUUAUCCUAUCAAAUUUACAACAAGAGGAGGAGGAGGUGGAAUCAGAUGUUCCGGAGUGGGAGUCUCCCUACUUUGUAGACGAGUCAGCAGGUUCAUCUAACACAGGCAGAAAGAGGGGCUCCUUCAAAAAGAUAGGUUUUGGAAAAAAGAAGAGAGGUGCUAGAAGCCAGUCAGGUUCAGGGAAUUCUGGGGGAUUUUCUGACAAAGGGAGCAAAUUUGCAGCCUACAAGUUCUCCAGAGGGUCAUCCAAGAAGGUCCAAAGUGCUGGAAAAAACCAGAGGGGUGGAUCAAGCAGUUCCAGGGGUGGUUCCAAUAGUUCCAGGGGUGGCUUAGGAUUUAUGCCAGUCCCACAACCUAAGCGAUCAUUUCUGGGUGGUGGGGCUGGUACUUACUUUUAAAUAUGAAGGGAAUAAACAUUUAUUUAAGAAAGUUGAUUUGAAUUAAAUUGUAAAUAAAGCAAUUUCUAAACCACUA